GAGUGUGCAUGUGGUUUGUGACUGUCGUCUGAGAUGGCAGAAAGUUGCCGAAACAGUGGAUGUUUAUAGGUCCUCUGCAUCCAGGUCUUGGCGCUGCGGGAAACCAUUAGGUUGAACUUCGACGUGCAUUGACACCAGCAGUUCCAGUGCUCCUGCGCCAGCUUGAACAGGGCCGUCAAACCUGCAAAGGUCCAGAUGAAAUCCGUCUUUUCUGCCAUCAGAGCCCCAAGACUAAUUCCAGCAACCCGGGUGAUUCGACCAGCAAUUUUUACCAGACCUUUCACGAUGGACCAGACACUGCAAUGUCCACCAUUCACCCAGAAGGUUGUCCAGGCGAUGCGGACACUAUAUCCCGAAGAGCUUGCUGACCGGGCUUGGGAUAACGUUGGCUUGCUUCAAGAAAAUAUCCAGUCCGCUUCCGGCGCCUCUUCCAUCGUUCUCCUCACCAAUGACUUGACGAUCCGCGUUGCCGAGGAGGCAAUUGCAAAGCGGGCAUCGGUCAUCGUGAGCUACCACCCCUUCAUUUUCCGCGGACUCAAGUCCAUCAACCUAAACGACCCCCAUCAACGAAUUGUCUUGCAACUCGCCCAACACAACAUAGCAGUUUACAGCCCGCACACUGCUGUGGACGCCGCACCGGGCGGCCUCAACGACUGGCUUGCCGGGAUGCUCGACGACGUGACCAAUGUGUCCGCCGUCAAGCCCAUUGCGGGUUUCACCCCAGAGGGUUUUGAAGGAGCAGGAUAUGGCCGGCUUGUUAAGCUUGCCCGGCCUUAUAGCGUCGGCUGGAUUGCCAAAAGAUAUGCCGAUCGCCUCGGUAGCCUGCGCCAUGUCAUGGUGGCACGGCCUUUCAAGGGAGUGAACAAGUCAAAUGAGAUUCGAACAGUCGCCGUAUGCGCCGGAUCUGGCUAUGACGUGCUCAAGGACACAGCGGCGGACCUGAUUGUCACGGGCGAGAUGAGCCACCACAACGCGCUGAGGCUAACGAUGGUCGGCAAGUGGGUGUUGACCGUAUUCCAUAGUAACUCGGAGCGGCAGUUCUUGGCGGAGGUCCUGCAACCGCGUUUGCAGAGGCUGCUGCGGGAAACGGAGCAGGACGCAGAGGUGUUGGUUAGCAGAGAGGAUACGGAUCCGUUUGUGAUCUGGGAUGUAAAAGAUCUACCAGACUUAUGAAAUCCGAACUCAACGAACCAGGAGGAUUACUUAGAAUCGGUUCUAGGAUCGAAUCAAGCUGUUUGCUUCCUACCUGGAAAUAAGCGAUAGCGGACAGUGGGCGC